AUGAACGGACACCCCCCUCCCGGUAUUCACCCUGUGGCCAUGUCCCGUCCUCAAGUCGGUAUUGAGCGCCUACCGACUCGGCGACUGAGCAAUGAGCCUCGGGAGUCUAUGAACUGCAAAUCAUGCCGCAAGCGCAAGAUCAAGUGCAACCGGCUACGCCCAUCCUGUGAGGCCUGUCAAGUUUUCCAGUGCCCUUGCGUAUACGAUGCCGUACCCAAAAAGCGUGGGCCAAAGACGGAUGUGUUGGAAGCACUGUUGAAGAGGGUCGAUGGGCUGGAGGCAAAAUUAAAAGAGAAGAAUGCUGGAGAGCAGACCCCGACCACGCCGACUACCGCCGGAAUCAAGGAUGAAGAAACCUCACGAGCAGACGACAUUCCCGACGAUGACCCAAAUCCCAAGCGUAUAGCAUUGGACACCAAAGUAGACGUUGACGAGUCUGCCGUUUACUCGCCAGCCCCGGCAAGUGAGCCUUCGCCACCUACCGUCCAACCCGACGCGUUGCUAGACACCUACUUCUCGCGGUUUCACUCCAAGCCCUAUCACAUCUUAGACGAAUCAUCUGUCCGGCAACGACUUCAGCUAAACCAAUUACCGAAUUACUUAGUUCACGGGAUCUACGCCGUUGCUGCAAGAUACACACCACAUCCUAGUGGAUACCAGUCAGCUGUACAUCUGAGUGAAGACUUCGCUUCGCGUGCCAGAGCAGAGAUCGAUACCGAUGAGCCUUCGGUUGACGCGCUGCAGGCUCUACUCCUGCUGGUCAUUGCCUUCACCGCAGCAGGGAAAGGCAAGAAGGCGUAUAUGCUGAUGACAAAUGCAGUUGGAAUGGCAAUGGCUCUCGAAACUCAUCGCGAGAUGGACAAUAAUGCACGCGUAACGCCAGUCGAACGAGAAAUGAGGAGGAGACUUUUCUGGACUUGUUACUUGCUCGAUCGUUUCCUGGCUUGCGGCUCCAAGCGUCCAUCUCUCAUCGGCGACAAGACCAUCCUUCUCCGGCUUCCGUGUUGGUCACCAAACCCUUCGGUACCCCCGAUCGACGGCGAAUUUUUUCAGUCUGGGUCCAAUUUGCAGUUUCUUCAGGGAAGCGGGAAGAAGUCUCAAGGUAGCACGGGGAUGCUCAUCGACAUCAGCCGGAUUCUUGGUAUAACAAAUCGCUACCUGGCUGCUGGAGGUGUCAAGGGUGACUCUCAUUUUCCGUGGCACUCACUUUCAAAUCUGUCAAAGAUUCGUCAAGAUUUGGACAUUUGGGCUUCCGGCACCGAAGACGUUUUCUCAAGCCUCGACACGCUAUUCGGUCAACCCGAUUCGACGAUUCUGGUUCUAAGCAAGCUCAUCUAUCACCUCAUUCACUGCCUCAUCUACAGGCCGUUUCUCCCCAUCGACCUCGCCGAGCUCGCAGGAACCGGUCAGCACCAAUCUUGGCAAAUCGAAGCAACAAACAUGUGUUUUCUGCACGCGAACGCAAUAUCUGAACUUGUCGAACUUGGAAAGCAGACCGGCACAAUCGAAUGGCCGGCUUUCGUUGGCUAUUGCAUAUGCACCGCUGGCACAGUUCACAUCCACGGCGCUCACUACAACAAGAAUGGCAAUGGUGACUCGACUGUGUUCAGCAUGUCAGCAGACUUUCUGUCCAGGGAGAUGCAGCAACUGAGCGAGCUCCGAUACGCUUGGGCAAGUGUCCAGCAUCAAAGGGAAACACUGCAAGGAAUUUACAAUGCUCAUUCCGAACUUGUCAAAAGCCUUGCAAACAAUCCGAUGCGAUAUUCUCCGGCAUUCCACCUCGAGGACUUUUUCGAUCGCUACUCCAAUAUUGGCGGGCCCGGCGGCCAGACCUUCAACUUUGACGCGGCAAAUUUGAGCCUUUCUGAUGUGAUUGUCGACUUCACCACAGACACCUACACGGGUCACGAUCUUUACGCGCCUCGUGCCAAUAGCAUAAACGAGCCUGAGCGACCGAGCCUCAAGCGCAAGAACACAGCCCCAUCUGGACGGAAGCGUCCAGAUGCCAAAGUCCUCUCACCGCUCAGCACGAGUCAUAUGGCGCGCCCUCAUGGUCUGCCAACGCCUUCUCAUGUCCGCCACUCCUUUUCACACCCAACCCCCACUAUGGCAUCUCAUCCGUCACCGGGAAUGCUGGCGACGCCCACAUCUCUGCCUCCUCAUCCCGAGACCAUGGAGCACCCUCCAAUGUCUGCCUCACACGGACAAUACGACGAAACUGCGGCCAACAACGCGGCCGUGGCGGCAGCGGCGGCGGCAGGCUUUUCUCUCGGACCUCAGAGCCACCAGCAAGCCACCAUGCCGUCGCUCUCUUCAAACUCCUUCUCUCCACAGUUCAGCUUUGCCACACCGGGGGCAAGUGGAAACAAUGAGGUAGGGGGCAACUACAAUGACCCCAUGUUCGGUGGGCUGCCUACAAACGCAUUUGGUAGUCCAGCCGCGUGGCAUGGGGACGAAGGUGGAAACAAGGUAUCCGGUGUCGCCGCGCCCAGUCCUGGAAACAAGAGCAACAACGGAAGCACUGGCACCGGCCCAGGUGAGGAGAAGGACCCAUUCUUGAGCCUCCUGGAGCAACUUGCGGAGAAUGAGCACCAAUUCGCUCGGGGCCCAGGCAGUGAGCUUGACUUCUUUUUCGGUGGUACUGGAGCGUCGCACUAG